UUCUAUUCGCAUGCCUUACCAAUACUUACUAUGCAAAGAGAACAUUUAGUUACUAGGCUAUAUGUAGUAAAGUAUCAACAUACGAAGUACAUUAAAAAACAUAAUAGCACAUAUCCAUUAAUAAUAUCUGAUUAUUAUAUACUUAUAAAAUAAUUAUUUUGAAAUAUUGAUGAAAUGAAACGCACAUUUUCAUUUUCCGUGUUUUUACACUGCAUUGAAACAUUUUCGCCAAGGCAAAUUAUUAAAAUGUCGAAUUUCUUUCAGGGAACAUCAUAAUCUCACCCUAAGUAUGUCUUAAUAAUCAAAAAUUUACAUCGGUUUUUGAAAAAAAGUUUGCCACGUACAUUAUGCCAUGGCAAAACGCGCAUGCAUAAAACUAACGUUAUAUUUGUAGACAUGGAAAAAAGAAAUGUCAUUUUACUAGCAGGUCAUUUUACGGGACAGUUUGUGAUCAUGAAUAUAUUAUAAUAAUUUAUGACGUCAGUUUAUUCUGAUAAAUCACAUUUGGUCCGCUUAAGAUGAUCACGUUAUGAGUUGCAAAACCAUUUGGCGAAUGUCAUUUCAAACAGUCGGAUAAUAACUAGAAAUGUUUUCAAGAUAUCGUUGAAUGUAUUCCUUAGGGAAGUGAUAAUUGUUUUUAAAGAUAAUUAAAAACGUUUAAUAGCUAAUUGCAGUGUAUUAAACAUUUACUUGAAAUAUCUUCACAUUAUGAUGAAAUCUAGAUCUACUUCGAUAUAUUUGCUGCAUUAACAAAAUGAAUACGAAACAAAUUAAGGAUUUAAGACUGGAUAUAGAACUUGCCAAUACCUCUGGCGUGGAUGUUCCAACGUCUGAUAUAACUACAAAUGCUGAAAAUAUAUCUGAGAUGAAAACCUACGAUGAAGUACUAGAUGAAAAUGUCGCCAAAGAAACAAUUGAUGUGGAAGGUAAAAAUGCUUUUACAACUAAAGGAAUCAGCAAUGGUUUUGGACGGAAAUGUGACAAGAAUGUCAAUGGGAUAGAAAAUGCAGGUUAUCUGAACGACCCGGAUGCUAUGAAAGGUCGAACUAUAAAGGAGAUCGAUUUAAAUGAUAGUGCAAAGGUUGGUAACGGGCGAUAUGAUGGUAACAUUGGUGCCGUGACCAGGAACGAACCGGUUAUAAUAACAAGUGACAAAAGCGAUGCAACAAAAAAGAGGAAACGUGAUUACAAAGCUAAUUUAUGGAAAACAGUGUUUCUGCUUUGGAAUAUUACUAAUUUG